AUAUGGGACAGUGUAUGAUGUGUCCACAUGAUAAACAUGCCAAUUUAGAGAAAACCCACUGCCUCCAAAGAGCUGUGUCAUUUCUUACUUAUGAAGAUUCAUUUGGGAUGGCUUUAGGUUGCACUUCCCUGUCCUUCUCAGCCAUCACAAUGCUAGUACUAGUCACUUUUGUGAAGUACAAGGAUACUCCUAUUGUGAAGGCCAAUAACCGCACUCUCAACUAUGUCCUGCUUAUCUCUCUAGUCUUCUGCUUUCUAUGCUCAUUGCUCUUCAUUGGACAUCCCAUUCAGGCCAGCUGCAUCCUGCAGCAGGCCACAUUUGGAGUAUUUUUCACAGUGGCUAUUUCUACAGUGUUGGCCAAAACAAUAACUGUGGUCAUGGCUUUCAAUCUCACUACUCCAGGAAGAAGGAUGAGAGGGAUGAUGAUGACAGGGGCACCUAAGUUGGUCCUUUCCAUUUGUACCCUAAUCCAACUUGUUUUCUGUGGAAUCUGGUUGGUAACAACUCCUCUCUUCUUUGACAGAGAUGUACAAUCUGAACAUGGNAAGACUGUCAUUACUUGCAACAAAGGCCCUGUCAUUGCCUUCCACUUCGUCCUAGGAUACUUGGGUUUCUUGACUCUGGGGAGCUUCACUGUGGCUUUCCUGGCUAGGAACCUUCCUGACAGAUUCAAAGAAGCCAAGUUCCUAACUUUCAGCAUGCNGGUGUUCUGCAGUGUCUGGAUCACCUUCCUCCNUGUGUACCAUAGCACCAGGGGGAAAGUCAUGGUGGUUGUGGAGGUCUUUUCCAUCUUGGNUUCUAGUGCAGGGUUGCUAAUGUUAUCUUUGUCCCAAAGUGUUAUGUUAUUUUAAUUAGACCAGAUNCAAAUUUUAUACAGAACUACAAAGGUAAAUUCCUUUAUUGCAACUUUCAUUGUAUGAAAAGGUUAGAUGAUACUCAACAUAUCNUUUUCUUUCUCUUGA